AUCCGGCCACGUUAAAAUCGUUUGUUUGGGCCGUUUGCUUGAAAUUAUCGGCGGUCGGGCUGCCCGGUGUAGCCGGAAAAAAGUGAAAGUGGUUGUGCGUUUAUGCCCGAAUUUUCUCGAGGCUCAAGGGGAUUUUAAAUGCGCACAGGUCAGUGACGAGACAGCCGCGUGAGCGUCGACGAAUAAACGAAAAAUAAUAAGGAUGGAUUGCUGGUCGGUCUGGCUAUUGCUCACUUCGCUGGUUGGUGCACUCAUACUCACGGAUGGCGUCGAGCUAACCUUUGAACUAGCUGACAAUGCCAAAGAGUGUUUUUAUCAAGAGAUCGGAAAGAACGUUUCAUCUACGUUGGAGUUUCAGGUAGUUACAGGUGGCCAGUAUGAUGUAGAUGUAACUUUAGAAGCACCAAAUAAAGAAAUUAUCUAUAGCCAAGUAAAAACACAAUUUGAUUCACACUCAUUCAUACCAACUAUGUCAGGAAUAUACAAGGCUUGCUUUAGCAAUGAGUUUUCUACAUAUUCGCACAAGCUGGUAUAUAUGGAUUUCCAAGUUGGUGACGAACUGCCACUUCCUGGUCUUGGAGAACACGUCACUGUCAUGACUCAGAUGGAGUCUUCUGCUCAAGAAGUACACAAAAAUCUAAUCAGCAUUUUGGACUAUCAGACUCAUCAUCGCCUACGCGAAGCUCAGGGCCGCAAACGUGCAGAGGAACUCAACGAGCGAGUCCUCUGGUGGUCCGUUAUGGAGACUGCUUGUAUCCUGUUAAUCGCUGUAGGACAGGUUUUCAUCCUGAAAAACUUCUUUACGGAUCGAAGCCCUUCCCAAAGUUAUUAGUGUGAUAACCAAAUAAUGGAAAAAGGAAAACUUAUUUGUGAUCAAAGUAUAUGAUCACUGAUUAUAUCGCCCUUGUGACGAUGUCUUGUAAUCACUGGUCAAAGUGCCAUCGUAAUACCCGCCGGUAAUAAUCUUCCUGUGGCAGACCUUUUAACCAUGAGUCUUCUCUGACAAUCGUGGAAGGAUCACUUAAUCCUUAAGAGAAGAUUCGGUAAUUAGAAUUUAUAGAGUUUGUAAUCUAGUACGCAAGGUGAUUCAAAUACAUACUACAAAUACGUGUAUUGUUCACGAAUAUUAAUUUAUGUCGAGGCUGAAAACUUUUUAACAUCGGUGCUGAUACGACACGGAGCGAUUAAAAGAAUAAGUGUAAGUGAUACAAAACAUCUUACACUUUUCUUUAUCAAUGGAUACUCUCCAAUUAUAUUUAUGUUAGCGCAGGGACAGUAUAACGGACAUUGGAAGGACACUAUGAUUUUUCUUACUGUGAAUGUGUAACAUAAUAAAGUUAAAAAUACUUAUGUGUAUUCUAUGUCUACUCGUAUCGCCAAAUGAUAUAAUUAAUUUCUGUUUCUUGUUAUUUAUCGGGCCUUCCUUUAUUUAUCUUAGGUAUUAAUUGAGAAGUCAAUUAAAUAAACGCAGUUGAUUAUUUACUUGUU